AUGGGCGACUACGGCGAUGCAACGUCGUCUGCGAUGCAGCUUGCCCAGCGAGCCAUAGCUUUUGAUCAAGCUCAACGCUAUGAGGAGGCUAUUUACUGUUACGGAGAAGCUGCUGACCGAAUUCUCGCUCUAGUUCAUUCUAAACAGGUGAGAACCGUUCGGUUCGUUGUUCAAAAUCGUUUUCCAUCUGUUUUUGCUAUCGAUCAAGUCGUCGCUUCGCCAGCCCUCAGUAAAAAGGCCCUCGAAUAUGUUGAGCGGGCAGAGUUUUUGAAGCGAGAUCUACCUCGUCUACUCGAUUUAGCGAAGACAACAAAGUCUCCAUGCAGAAUUUUACUCGAAAAAGCGGAGUUCGCCGUGUUGAAGGCACAACUUUUGGAUGAGUCAGGUCAUUGUUCCCUGGCCAUCGACUUAUAUUCAGAGGCCAUUCAAGUGUGUCUUCAAGCGGGUGAGAAAUGUGUUGAAGAGGAACUUCGGUUGAAGCUACGCAGAAUUGCCAACAGUGCUUUGGAGCGUGUUGAACAUCUCAAGAAGGUUGAAGAGCGAAAAAGAAUUGAGGCUCUUACCGAUAACCUUCCUGAUGUUCCAACUGAUGUUUUAAUCGUUAUCGUUGCUUGUUCAUUCCAGGCUGCUGCUGUUGGUUUAACACCAGAAGAGCUUGCAGUGCUUGCCACCACGUCGUACAUAAACGGGCGAAAAUACGUGCCAUUUUUGACAGUUGAUCUUAAGGAAAAAUUCAACUAUUCCAUACCAUUCACUGACAAGGAUGGCAAACUUUCCUUGACUGAAAAGCAAAAGAAGAGAAUGAAAGCAUGGUUGCGCCCGCAUGAAAUUUUUGAAGAACCUAAACUUAUUUCCAAUAUUGAUAGUGGCACUAUAAAACAGACUGUGAUAUCCGAUUGCUCAUUCGUUGCCUCACUUUCCAUUACUGCCCGAUACGAAAAGAGGUUUGGUAAACAAGUCAUUACGAGCAUUAUUUAUCCGCAAAAUAAGGCCGGCAAACCUGUAUAUAAUCCUUCUGGCAAGUAUAUGGUCAAAUUUCACAUCAAUGGAGUAUGGAGAAAGGUCAUAAUUGACGAUUAUCUUCCAACGGAUGAAAACAUGGGCCUACUAUGUUCGCAUAGUCAGAGUAAAGGAGAACUGUGGGUAUCGUUAUUGGAAAAAGCGUAUCUGAAGGUCAUGGGUGGUUAUGAUUUUCCUGGAUCUAACUCGAAUAUCGACUUACAUGCUUUAACCGGGUGGAUACCUGAUAGGAUAUCGAUAAAGAGAGAUGACCCAGCUUUUGACGGCGAUAAGAUCUUUGAAAAGCUUCUUUCUCGUUUUCAUCGCGGAGAUUGCUUGAUCACGUUGGCCACUGGAAAAUUGAGCCCAGAUAUCUGUGAGCGAGCUGGCCUUGUUGACUGUCACGCCUAUGCAGUGCUGGACCUUCGGAAAAUAGACGGCAAACGUCUUCUGAUGGUGAAAAAUCCAUGGACCCAUCUUCGAUGGAAAGGAAGAUUUUCUGAAAAUGACAUAGUCAGUUGGACUCCAUCACUUUGUAAAGCACUUGACUAUGAUCCAAAUCAAGCAAAAUCAAAGGAUGAUGGAGUUUUUUGGAUCGAUUUCGAGUCAGUGUGCCGUUUCUUUGAAGUCUUCUAUGUGAACUGGAAUCCAGCCUUAUUCCCUUUCACCUAUGGAAUUCACGCAGCUUGGAACUCUUGUAACGGUCCUGUGAAAGACCUCUACUCCGUAGCUGACAAUCCUCAGUAUACACUAGAAGUUCACAAUCGAACAACUAGUGCAGUUUGGAUUUUGCUCACCAGGCACAUUACGGAGAUUUCGGACUUUGCAGACAACAAGGAGUACAUCACAGUUAUGGUGUAUAAAUCUGGAAAGAAGAUAUAUAUUCCGAUUGACCCUAAGCCACUUUACGAGGGAAUGCGUAUCAACAGCCCACAUUAUCUUUGUCAAAUGGUCGUAAACGAACCCGGUAUACAGAAGUACACCUUAGUGGUAGCGCAGUAUGAAAAAAUGAAAACCAUCUACUACACCUUGCGGGUCUUCUCGUCAUGCCAUUUCACCCUCAAUCCGAUCAAGAACCUCUACAGUGUUAAGAAAACAGUGACGGGAAAAUGGGAGGGCCGAACCGCUGGUGGUUGCGGAAAUGGAGAUAGCAGAGAGACAUGGAAGAACAAUCCCGUGUUUGAAAUCAGUCUCGAGGAAAGCAGUGAUGAAAAUCUCAUUCUGAUUGAUCUAAAAGGUCCCAAACAAUACAGCGUAGGAUUCGAAGUGCGACAAGUGUCUUCUCCAAGGAAUAAACCACUAGAGAAUAAGCACUCUGAUGUCUUCAGGCCUGGUUAUACCGUGCUAGCUUUGGAUAAAGUUCCUGCUGGAGUUUAUACGAUUCGCCCCAUGACAUUUCAGGCUCGCCAAGAGGGUCCCUUUAUUUUGAAGGUAGAGGCAUCGUGUGGUUUUUCAAUAAAGAGGAUCCAGUAG